AUGCCGGUCACGUACAAGGACGAGUCCUACAACGAGGUCAUGACGUGGACAGAGAACACUGAGAUCCAGUAUGCGGCGAACAAGAAGUCUGGCAAGUCGUUCGAACGCUACGGGAAGUACAUGAAGGCGAAGACCGUAGGAGAGUCCCUGUCGCUGGGCUCCCUGGGGGCGGACCUGCUUUUCGACUUCGAGAAGGGCCUGCUGUGGCGGACCGGCGGCCCCACGCGCGAGAGGCCCCCCGAGGUCAAAGGCGUGGACAGGGACGAGGUCAAGAGCUGGAACAAGACGGACCAGCAGCUGGGAAAGAUGUACGAGAAGUGGAAGUCGUGGUCGGCCACCUUCGCGGCCCUGGAGGAGAGCGGGCUGACCCGCGAGGAGCUCAAAGCCGCGAACGACGAGCAGGACGUCGAGUGUGGGACUGACAGCAUGCUGAUCGCCAUAGGCCGGCGCAAAGCCCAGGAGCGUGCCCGCGAGAUCCUGAAGGCCGCCGACCAGCAGGGCGGCCGCCCGGUGACCGACGACGAGCUCCUUUCGUGUCUCAGGCUGUGGGCAUUCAAGGAGAACACGAACCGGACUAACGUGACUCCAGAGGGCGAGACGUUCGUCUAUUCGGACACCAUUGGCCUCAUUAAGAUGUCCACCUGCGAAAAGACAUUGUUGACCGCUGGCACGAAGCGUUAUGAGGAGUUCACGAUGUUGAUUAACCGUUGGUUUAAGGACAGGAUGCCCAACGAGCUAAAGGGCAGCUUCGGGUACACGUCCAUCAACAUCAACAAGAACUACGCAGGCCGGCUGCACCGGGACGGCAACAACCAGGGCCCAUCGAUGAUCAAGGCCUUCGGGGAGUUUGUUGGCGGGGAGCUGAAUUAUUGGCCGCACGACGACAAGAAGCUCCCCCUGGAGGAGUUCGACGACAGCAAGAAGAUCACCAUGAACAUUCAGGACAACAUCAUGCUCUUUGAUGGCAAUCGCGGCCACUGUGUCAACGACUUCCACGGCGAGCGGUACACUCUAGUCUUCUUCAGCAUCCGCACAUGGAACAAGGUGCCGGCCGAGGACCUGAAGGAAGCCCUCCGGUGCGGCAUCCCCGUCCCCACCCAGGAGCUUAUGCCCAAGAUGCAGGCCUUGCUCGGGCCUGGCCCCGCUGGCUACCGCGUCUGGGAGCAGCGGCCUGACGGCGCGGCGCCAGAGGCGCCCGCUGCGGCUGCGGCCCGGGCACCGCCCGCCGCGGCGACCGCCACGACGGCCAGGGCGCACCAGCAGGCCCUGCUUACACCGCGAGCCUCGCGGGGCCGCCUGCGGUGCCGAGGAGCCCGGCGCAGCGCCCUCAGCGGCCUUGGCGGCGGCGGCCUUCGGGGCGGCGGCGCCCGCCGCGGCCGAGCACGGCCGCGCUGCCGUGGCGGCCGAGGCGGAGAUCGUGGACGAGUCCGAGGCCGAGGACGACCCCGAGGCGGACGAGGCCAUCAGGGCGUUCCGGGAGGAGGCCGCCGCGCUCCGUGCGGAGCUCGGCCUCGAGCCGUUGCAGGCGGGCGACGAGGAGGCCGGCGAGCCGGGCACCGGGAUCGACGCGAAGGCGUCCGAUGGGGAGGCCCCCGCGCCGAGCGCUGCGCCGGGAGCGGAGAUGGAGGCGGAGCGCCCCGCCGCAGAGGCGACCGACCAGGAGGCCACCCUGCCGAGCGCCGACGCGGAAGUGGAGAUGGAGGUCGAGCGCCCCACCGCAGAGGCCUCGGGCGGCGGAGCCGCGCCAGCCGCCAGGGCGGCGGCCGAGGUGGAGGUGCAGCCGCCGGCAGGGGAGGCGCAGGCCGGGCCCCGCACGCCUCCCGAGGGCGGCCGCUGGGUGUCGGCCUGCGCCGGCGCGGGCCUCUUGGUCGGCGACGAGGUGGAGCUGAGCGCGGGCGCGCUGGUGGCGCCGGACGGCGCAAAGGCGCUCGGCCAGACCGCGGCGGGCGAGUGGGUCUUCCUGGAGCGCCUGAAGGGCGACGAGACGGCGGAGGACUACAGGAGGAGAGCCACCGGGCCCCGGAGCCCAGGCGCGAAGCGCGCCCAGACACAGGAGGCCACGCCCAAGGCCACUUCGACAAAACGACCAGCAAGGGGAAGGGCGCUGCGGGCAGCAACGGCCGCCAAGGCGACGCCCACCCCGCGCGCACGCGCCCGGGCGCGCGGCGGGGCCGACACCUCCGCGCAGAGGCUGGAGACCCCCCCGAAGCCGGCGGCCCCGGGCCGCAGAGGCCUCGUCGUGGGCGCCAGGGUGCAGCUCGCGGGGCUGGAGCAGGCACCCGAGCUCAACGGCGCCACGGGUACGAUCGUCAGCUUCGACGCGAAGCGCCACCGAUGGGCGGUGGAGCUCGACGGCGGCCGCGGUACGAAGCACCUGCUGAAGGGCAACCUGUCUAG